UUCUCUUAACAUCAAUUCUCCACAUUUACCCCAUCAAUCCAUUCUCUCUGAAGAAAACAAAAAAGUUCACAGAGAAGACAAUGGUGGGCUUUGAACGAUGAAGAAGAGAAAGUGUAGGUUAUGCUUGUUCCAUGGCCAUCCAUUCUGCCUACCAUGCUUCUUCCAUUUCACCUUCAGUUCCAUUGAAAAGCUUUGGUGUCAAGAACAGAAAGUUCAAGCCUUUUCGAGUACAGUUUUCUUCCAUUAGUAACAAUGCCGGAGCCUCCUACAAUUCCCUUGUUUCUGAGGCUGUAAGACUCUUGGUUCCUCCUGCUAUUUUCGAGGCUUCGAAACUCGAAGUUGUCUUCAUGGGAAAGGGGCUAAAGAGUUAUUCUGCAAUAAUCCCAAGAACCUACAUCCUCUCCCAUUGUGACUUCACUGCUAACUUAACGUUGACCAUCUCGAAUGUCAUCAAUCUCGAUCAGUUGAAAGGGUGGUACAACAACGAUGAUGUGGUUGCCGAGUGGAAGAAAGUGAAAGAAACCAUGUUUCUGAACGUACAUUGUUUUGUAUGCGGUCCGAAUCUCGCGCUCGACCUCGCUGCUGAGUUUCGAUACCAUAUCUUCUCCAAGGAGUUACCUUUGGUACUUAAAGCUGUGCUUCAUGGAGAUUCAGUCCUUUUUUCCGAACACCCUGAGCUAAUGGAUGCUUUAGUUUCUGUCUACUUCCAUUCUAGUUUUCCGAAGUAUAAUCGAAUCGAAUGUUGGGGACCGCUUAAGGAGGCUGCAGAGGGAAGACAUAGAGAUCAAGUUCAGGGUAUGUUAACUUCAGAUAGUUCAUCUCCGCCAGCAAAAUGGGGAAGGAUUCCAAAAUCCAUCUUUCAAGCAUUGUUUGCCUUUCUUCUUUGAUUUGUGGAUAACAAAACAAUAAAAGGGGAAAAAAUGGUUCAAUUUCAGUCCGUUACAUGAAAGAAGGGUGUUGUUUUCUCCUUAUAUUCUUACUGAUGCAUUUGCUGAAAAUUGUAAAACGCAGAAUUCUUUUGCAACUGAGGCCAUUUGUUCAUUCAUUAAGCAAUGGCUAUUUUCUUUGUUGCUUCGUAAAUCAACAUUAAAGCUAUCAUUACACUCUUGUUAUAAGCUU